AUGAGAAUCGAGGAAGUUACCUCGUUGCAACACGCGCAGCGUGUGGCUUCCCACAGCCACAUUAAGGGUCUCGGGCUCCUACCCGAUGGGUCAGCCAAAGAUAUUCACAUGGGAAUGGUAGGGCAGCACCAUGCUCGAGAGGCCGCUGGCCUCAUCGUGGAGCUUAUAAGGAAUAAGCGAAUGGCGGGCAAAGCUUUGCUGAUCGCAGGCCCACCGGGCACUGGCAAGACCGCGAUUGCCAUGGCAAUCGCUCAGGAACUCGGUGCAAAAGUGCCAUUUUGUCCCAUGGUGGCCAGCGAAGUGUACUCAAGUGAAGUAAAGAAGACAGAAGUUCUCAUGGAGAACUUUCGCCGGGCCAUUGGAAUAAAGAUAAAAGAAGUCAAAGAAGUAUUUGAAGGACAAGUCGUCAGCAUGACAGAUGAGCAGAGUGAUGAGCUAGGUGCUAAGGAGAGUUCUGCACUAAGGGAGCCCCAUGAGGAAGCUCCGUGUCCCCCAGUGCGACUCACACUUAAGACAUUCAAAGGCUCCAAGACGCUCCGCCUUCAUUCAACAAUCAACCAGGGACUACGUAAGGAGAAGGUGGCCGUGGGAGAUGUCAUAUACGUGGAAGCUGCCACAGGGCAGGUGCGACGCGUAGGCAGGAGUGAGGAGUUUGCAGGUCAGUUCGACCUCGAGGCCGACAAGUACGUGCCUGUCCCGAAGGGGGACGUGCACAAGAAAAAGGAGGUAGUCCAGGAUGUGACUCUGCACGACUUAGAUGCGGCCAAUGCUAGGCCUAAUGGAGGCGCGCCCCUUGCUUCCUUGUUGGGACAGUUCUCCAAACCCCGCAAGACAGAGAUCACGGAGAAACUCAGACAAGAAAUAAACAAAGUUGUCAACAAAUACGUUGACCAAGGAGUUGCGGAAUUGGUGCCUGGAGUCUUGUUUAUUGACGAGGUUCAUAUGCUGGACGUAGAAUGUUUUACUUACUUGAAUCGUGCCCUGGAAAGCCCCCUAUCCCCGGUCGUUGUCGUCGCCACCAAUCGUGGCGUCUGUACUAUUCGGGGCACAGAUGUUCUAAGUUCUCACGGGGUGCCAGUUGACCUUCUCGACCGCAUGUUAAUUGUCCGCACACAGCAAUACGCUAAAGAGGAAAUUAAGGAGGUCCUGCAAAUCCGUUGUCGCGCAGAAGGGCUCACCCUGUCCCCCGAGGCUGCAGAAAUGUUGGCUGUAGUUGGGGUCCGAACCUCUCUGCGCUAUGCUGUACAUCUUCUGACCCCAGCUGCAAUCCUAUGCAGGGCGGAUAUAACCGACGAAGACUAUGACAACUCUGAGUUAGAAGAGCCAGUUAUUGAACUGCGGCAUGUGCAGCAAGUCGAUAGUUUGUUUCAGGAUGCAAAAACAUCCUCCAAACGGCUUGCUAGAGAAGCAGAUUUCUUUAUCCAUUAA